AUGUAUCUACCAAACACCCUGCGCCUCCGACGCAACAACCUCUGUCCUCCAGGACACCCUGUAUGUGGACCGGGGCCUACCAUAGGUGUUACAGGGGACCCUCCCGCAUUCGAUCCACGAGCCACACUUCCACACCCUCUGGUACCUAUUGGAUCCACGCGCAACUUGAUUGGGAUUAUCCUGGGAAUCAUUCUUCUCCUCAUAGGCAUUGGCAUCUACACCAUAUUUGGGGAGGGACCGCGCAAGAAACUCAAGGAGUGGAGGGAGCAGAGACAAACCAAGUUGGACAAGCAAUGGGCGCCAGAGCCAAGGCAUGGUGACCAGAAGAUGGAGGAAAUUGCAGGAGAUGAUGAGACAAGGGUAGACGACAAGUACGAGGGGCAUCUUCCAUCACAGCCGCCAAGCUUGGUGGGAGAGAACACAGACAUUUGA